AUGGCCUUUUGCAACGAAAGCCUGCUGGACGGAUGCGACUUCAUGGAGCCAGAUGACGCCAUUCAAGUCACAAGUAGCGCCCCAUCCGAACCCGGGACUCCUCUAAUAUCGUUCACCCUUCGUGUGACUCUGGCUGCCAUCAUGAUCUUCAUGAUCACCAUUGGUUUCCUGGGCAACGCCAUUGUGUGUUUGAUUGUCUACCAGAAGCCAGCUAUGCGCUCUGCCAUCAAUCUCUUGCUCGCCACUCUGGCCUUCUCCGACAUCAUGCUCUCACUCCUUUGCAUGCCCUUCACUGCCGUCACGCUGGGGAGCGCCGAGUGGACAUUUGGGAGUGAAUUCUGCCGCGCCUCUAUCAUGCUCUACUGGCUCUUCGUACUGGAGGGGGUGUCCAUCCUGCUCAUAAUCAGCGUGGAUCGCUUCCUUAUCAUCGUGCAGCGUCAGGACAAGUUGACUCCGCACAGGGCUAAGAUUUUGAUCGCAGGUUCUUGGAUGCUGAGUCUCUGCGUGUCCUUACCGUCCGUGGUGGGCUGGAGGACAGGCACGGCAGGUGUGGGGGAAGUCUGGGUUCCGCAGUGCGUGCUGGGAUACAGCGAGUCCAUGGCUGACCGAGCUUACACCGUCCUCUUGGCGGUGGCGGUCUUCUUUGCCCCCUUUUCAGUCAUGCUGUACUCCUACUUGUGCAUCCUGAAUACAGUGCGCCGCAACACCCUGCGAGUCCACAGCCACGCCAGCGAGCCGUCCUGCCUGCCGGCUCUCAACCAGGUCAGCAAAAUGAGACUCAUCGGGUUGCAGAGACCCCCGCAGAUUAAGGUGGACAUGAGCUUCAAGACCCGUGCCUUCACUACUAUCCUGAUACUCUUCGUGGGCUUCUCAGUGUGUUGGUUGCCCUACACUGUGGUCAGCUUGCUGGCCGUCUUCAGCCACCGAUUCUACUCCAGCUCGGCUUUCUACCCCAUUAGCAUAGGAGCCCUUUGGCUCAGCUAUUUGAAAACGGUUUUCAACCCCAUUAUCUACUGUUGGAGGAUCCGAAAGUUCCGGGAAGCCUGCAAAGAGUUUGUCCCGAAGAACUGCCGCCUGUGUCCCAAGGUGGCGGGCCGCAGUCGAAGGAGAGUUCGACCCAGUAACAUUUACGUCUGCAGCGAGACGCAGUCGGCUGUGUGA